GUAACUGUGUUAGUAAAUUGUAGACAGUUAACCAGUCGUUUGGGGGUAAAUAUUACUUUAAUUACGAGCGCUAGUUAAUGAAUUAGGAUGACUGAUUUUGUGUGGAGUACCUGAAGGCAGCAAAAGUGAACAGAGCGGCGCAUGUGCGUGUGCACGAGCGGCCACAGACGCAGAGCUCUGCCUGUUCUUACCGCGCCGACGUCCCUCCCUCUUUCUCUUGUCACUGUGUUGAGGUGGAGGGGAGGGAGAUCCCGUUUUCUGUCGUAUUUAUUAUUAUUUUAACGAAAACAACUGUUAGUUUAUAGCAUGGAGAGAAGGACGUCUUCGAGUUCUGAUGCCGGUAGUUUUUCAUUCACAGCGGUACUGCUGGUUACCAAAGCGAACAAGAGGAUCUAAAAGCGGACUGGACUGAGAAGAACUGGAGUCUGUGAGGUUGCACAUCCACCGCUUUCUUCAACUGCAGUUGGUCAUUGAUUUAUUUCCCCAAGACUGCGUCUGUCUCUCAGCACUCAGAAUUGCUGUCUCCGUUAGGUUCUGGUUCUCUGGCUGUUCUUUCGUGAGCGCCGCCGUUUUGACUUUUGUCAUCCAAAAAUGUCCCAUUAGCUAGCUAACAGGAAAACAGAAACUCCCCUUUCUUCUGAACUCGACCAGUAGUGGUCGCAGGGACAGAGACCAUCGUGUUUGCUCUCGAAGCUCUUACCAUUUACCUCAAUGUUUAUGCUUUUAUUUUAUUUUUUUUUUCAGUUGGAGAUGACACAGCUGAUAAACCGGUGAUAGCCGGGAUUUUUUUUUUUUCUUCUAGUGAUCCAUCCACCGUCAACCGAAAUGAUACGGUAGCGUCUAGGAGGGAUUGGGGGAAAGUGAGAAGCUAAGUAGGGGGGAUUCAGUCUUGGCUUUUAUUUUUGUGUCUUCAGAAGAGGCAGGUUUAGAUCGAGGAAAAGACAGACAUGAGGCGAUUGUAGCGAACAGUUUGUUUUUACGCAUCAAUCUAAGCUGGAUCACUGUCACGGUGAUCUGUGCUGCUUUCACGGACUGUAACAAUGGGGAUUGUGUGAGAAGGGGAGCCGUUUUUACCUUCACGCACACCGAGCCUGGAGGGACUGACAGCCAGACUCAACAGGGUUUGUGUUUUUUGUGUUUUUUAAUCAACGGAACACAAACCAUUUGCCUACUUUUAUUUAUUUCCUGGACGGCGACCUACACUCUGGGACGAAAAUGUCUUUACGCACGGCACUGCCUGGGAACGAGCGGAACCCGGACCAUCAUACCUCCCUGUCGGCCAGCCGCUCAGAGAAGGGUACAGGAUGGUCAAGCCGCUCACUUGGUGCCCGAUGUCGAAACUCCAUCGCCUUGUGUUCAGAUGAGCAUCCACACAUCGGCAACUACAGGCUGCUCAAAACCAUCGGCAAAGGCAACUUUGCCAAAGUCAAACUGGCACGACAUAUAUUAACCGGCAGAGAGGUUGCAAUAAAGAUUAUAGACAAAACACAACUUAACCCAACAAGCCUACAGAAGCUAUUUCGAGAGGUACGGAUCAUGAAAACCCUUAACCAUCCCAAUAUAGUCCAAUUGUUUGAGGUGAUUGAGACGGAGAAGACACUUUACCUGGUUAUGGAGUACGCUAGUGGAGGCGAAGUGUUUGACUACCUCGUGGCUCAUGGCAGAAUGAAGGAGAAAGAGGCCAGAGCCAAGUUCAGGCAGAUUGUCUCAGCGGUUCACUACUGUCAUCAGAAGAACAUUGUUCACAGAGACUUGAAGGCGGAAAACUUGCUAUUAGAUGCUGAUUCCAACAUUAAAAUAGCAGACUUUGGCUUCAGUAACGAGUUCACUGAAGGCAGUAAACUGGACACAUUUUGCGGCUCACCGCCCUACGCUGCCCCAGAACUCUUCCAGGGAAAGAAGUACGACGGUCCAGAGGUGGACAUCUGGAGCUUGGGUGUCAUCCUAUAUACACUGGUCAGCGGGUCCCUGCCCUUUGACGGGCAGAACCUAAAGGAGCUGCGGGAGCGGGUUUUGAGGGGGAAAUACAGAGUGCCCUUCUACAUGUCUACAGACUGCGAGGGAAUCCUGCGCCGCUUCCUGGUCCUCAACCCUGCUAAGCGUUGCUCUCUUGAGCAAAUAAUGCAAGAUAAGUGGAUAAACAUCGGCUAUGACGGGGAUGAGUUGAAACCCCACAUAGAGCCUGUGGGGGACUUGAACGAUACCAGCCGAAUUGAUGUGAUGAUUGGGAUGGGAUUCAACAAAGAGAAUAUUAGAGAUUCUCUGGUCAGUCAGAAGUACAAUGAGAUCACUGCCACAUAUCUGCUGCUGGGACGCAAGAAUGAGACCGAGGGCACUGACGCUCGGUCAGGCAGCAGUCUAAGUCUGGCUCGUGUUCGCCCCAGUGCCAUUUCUAAUGGAACAAGCAAACACUCAACGUCCUCUUCGUCCUCCGGUGCACCAUCUUCCACCUCUGGCCAUAAGGCACAGCGCAGCGCCUCGACAUACCACCGCCAGAGACGACACUCUGACUUCUGUGGUCCAGCGGCUCCAGGGUCAGCACACCCGAAACGAAGUCCUAGUGGUGUAGGCGAAGGAGCAGGGCUUAAAGAGGAGCGGCUGUCAAUACGAAAGCCAAGUACCACUACUGUAGGUUCCCGUAGCAUCCCAGCUCCCUGCAGUCCCAUGGUUAGCUCUGCUCACAACCCAAAUAAAGCUGAGAUACCUGACCGGCGCAAGGAAGUGAACUCAACAACGAAUAACAUUCCUGCUAGUGCCAUGACUCGAAGGAACACAUAUGUGUGUACGGACCGAUCUAAUACGGACAGACACACUCUGCUGCAAAAUGGCAAAGACAACAGUACCUUAUCCCACCGCCUGCCCCCUGCCUCCCCCUCAACCCACAGUAUUGCUGGUGCAUCUGGGGUCUCCUCCUCUUCCUCCACGCCUUCGUCUCGUCUCUCCAGGGGAUCUACAGUGAGGAGCACUUUCCAUGGAGGGCAGAUUAGAGACCGUCGUCCUCCCUCCCAUGUACCCCCAGCGUCCCCUACGCCAUCCCAUGAUUCCAACCCACUGCCUCAUGCCAGGACACGGGCCACAACCAACCUGCUGAGCAAACUCACGUCCAAACUGACCCGCAGGGUCACUCUUGACCCUUCUAAACGUCAGAGCUCAAACAAGUCCGUGUCGGGCUGCACCCUCCCACAGGGGACAAAAACAGUUAACGAACCUGAGAGAAUCAGCAGAUCUCCGGUCACAAGUCGCCAUCUAUCUGGGCAUCAGAAAGCGGCCGAGCCCCGGACCCCCCGAUGCGGCUGGGAUGUAAGGGUGAGGAGCCCCCGUGACCCGGCGGAGGUGGUGCUGGCACUGCGUGAAGCAGCACAGGGCUGUGGCUGCCAGGUCCACCUGGCCGGGCCUUUCCUCCUGUCCUGCACCCAUGGAGCAGCCGGCGCCCGUGUGGCCUUCGAAGCUGAGGUCUGCCAGCUGCCCAGCGGGCUGGGCCAGAGCAGCGGUGUGAGGUUUAAGCGCUUGUGGGGGGCACCGUUAGCCUUUAGAGACAUUGCCACCAAAGUAUCCAAGGAGCUGGAGCUCUGAGGGCAACUGGAGGUGGGGCAGAGAGAUGACAGACAGGUUGAGGAAUGAGGAGGUAGAACCGAAGCCAGUCCCUCUUCGUUUCCACUCUGGGCUCCACCUCAUGGGAUGUUGCUAGCGAUGCCUCACUUCCACCAAGCGACCCUCUUGACUCCUCUGAUUGCCACCGGACACAGCUGGACAAAUGUAUCCACAAAUGUGGACAAGCAGCUGUCGGCAGACUUAUGAUGACCCUGGACUUUGGAGCUGUCGUGACCUUUGAUCCUUGCUUAGCACAUGCCACCACCUCCAUGGAGUCAAUUUUUAUGUUUUUUCUUUUGUCUUUUUUCCACAAGUUCAUAUUGUUAGAAUGGGGUUGCAGAGAAUGACAGUGAGUGAUCAUUUUGUUUUUAUUGACAUUGUUAUUCCUGUUAUGUUUGUCAUCAUUCCUUUUUAAAGAGCUGCUAUUUAAAAGAGUUUUUUAUUUUUUGUGUAUUAAGUUUAUGUUCUUUCUUUAGUGCUUUUAAAAUGGGCAGACAUUGACAACUGUUGUCAUUAUCGGAAGCAGAUGUCUCAUGAAACGAGACUUCCAGCCUAUAGAGGGAGACAUGCAGAAAUGCUGAGACUUGUGACAGAUUAAAUGGAGCAUCAAGUAAAAUGUCUGUCUAUCCAGUAGCAGAAUUCAUGUUUCUGCUCAGUUGGAAUUUGGAUCCGUUUACACCUGCUGAAACCUUUGCUUCUCUGCCUGCUGUCCAAGUUGAUGGCUUGCAAAUGAGCUGUCUAAACUCACAGGGUCCACCUGAUUGAUCAUGCUUAAUAAGCUGAUCAUUUGAGGUUCUGUUCUGCUUUUUACAGUUUCAGUCAGUGAUUACUGUCUUAAAUAAUAAGUUCUUUAUUCCUCGAAGCUGAACUUUUUCUUUUUAGAACAUAGCAGGCCUUGUAUAUUUUUUGGUCGGUUUCUGAGCCAUUAUUUACUUGAUGUAGAUUAAUUAAAGCGGAUUGUUGACACCAGUGUCAUUUAAACACUUGUAGACCAUUUGAUCAAAGAACAUUUCUACCCACAAUAGAUAUGAAAGUAGAAUGACUGAAAUACUUAUACUGAAAGGACAAAAUUUCUCUCACAUUGUUAAAAAGCUUCAUCCAACAAAAAGCCCCCUUUUCUUUCUACUAUUGUCCUAUUGUCUGGGUUUCUCUUUAGAGUCAAAGCACUACUUUUAAAUUAACAGGUGACCCUCAGCUUUGCUUUUUUUUGUCUUAAAAAAAAAGAAAAAAACAUUUUCCUUCAUGCACAACUCCUGUGGCCCAUACUGGUUCAGAAUAAAUCAAGUAGAAGUUGUUUCCAUGAUUUGCAGUAGUUCCUCCUCUAGCACUUUUUAUAAUAUCACAGACUGUCAGAAAGCCAUUGCUUUUGUUUUCUCUUAGUGAUGUGCAAUACAUCCACAAAGCCAAGAUAUUAAGACUUGAAUAAGAAUUGAUUAAAACUUGACAGGGCUCCUCGUCUGGUUUUGUUUUUAAUUUUGAUAUUGCUGGUAUGUUGAAUUUAUUCAGCACUUUUUGUUGCUUUUUUGCCAGUAUUUUCCUAUUCCACACUGGCAGAUUUUUUUUUUUUUAUAGGCUAUUUUGGUAAUUUGUUAAAAUAUUUUUAAUCCUGGAUGCCUUUUUUUGCUUUAUUAGCAUGCACAUAUAAUGGCUUCUUGACUGUGGAGAGGGAACGUUUUCUAUGUAGAUGUCAUUCAGUUUCAGGGAUGCCACAAUGUUGCAUUUAGAAACUGACGUACGAAGGUUUUCAGAUUUGACAAAAUACCAAAUUUCACUGAGGUAAACUCUCCCAUGAUGAUUUUUUUUUCUGUGUGUGUGCAGUCUUACAUUUUUUGUGGUCUUCACCUCAGAAACUCCCUAACAUGCAGACUGUAGACUUUUGCAAUGUUGACCAAUCAGACGGGAGUACUGCGAUGGUGAGCUGUCAGAUUCAGUUAUUGCUGUAAGAGGUUUAUGACUGUUAACCAUUAAGUCUGCAGCUGUGCUGUGAUGAGGCAGAACUGUAAGACUUGAUAUGAGAUUUGGUUUUUUUCUUUUAUAAAAGCACUUUGCUGCUCAUUGCAGAAUAAACCUACCAAGAUUUCUACAGAGUCCACCAAAUGCUACAUGGGUCAUCUAUCACUGCAAUGACAGACAACAACAAAAUCAAAAUGUUGUGGUACUUGUAUUGAAACACUCUAAAGCCAAGCAAUUGCAAUUGUAUUGAAUUUUAAGCUAGAUGUUGGUGAUCUUUUCUGCAGGAUUUAUCUAUUUCAUGGGAGAUUUCAGGUGCCCACCACUGUUUGAAAAUGUGAAGCUGUGAUUUAGGGCUAGUUAUGCAAUUUCUUUGUGUUCAGCUAAGCCUCACCCCGAGGCUCCUCUCUAGAAUUGGCCAGGGCCAUGCUUUAAGGCUAAAGUUCUGUUGUGUAGUGUGUUUGAAGCUGUCACUGAUAAUCAAUAAAACCUAACGUAUGGGCUGAAAAUAACAGAAAUGAUUGACCUGCAAUCCUGCAUGUCUCCUAGGAAAUAAUGUGUGACACAAAAAUAAAGACGUUCAACCUCA